AAGCAUUGGUACCAACUUGAUGACUGCAUCGAAUCGGGUGACUCAAUACAAAUAUGGCGGCUAACUAUUUCACGAUGCACGCGCGUUUCGAUUGCUGUUUUCACUAUGAUAACGGCCGUAGAUGACUAUGAUAUUGCAGGAAAAAUAAUAUUCUAUCAUCAUUAAAAGUAAAGAGUUUUUAAAGACGACCAUUUGCUUUGUUUGUAAUGGUUUUGAAAGUGAUUCAAUUGUCGUAGGAGUGAGCGGCAGAAAACAAAUUAUGUCAGGCAAAACAUGUGUCUGGUUAUGUGAACAGACAGGAUUCAGAAAGUGAAGUGGGAGAUAGUACUGCAAUGAUCUUUGUGGGUAAAACUGAAUUUCAGGAUGUACUGUUCUGUUUAGAACAUAGGUACGGUAAUGCUCACAAAACUCUUUUGUGUACAAGAUUUCAGCAGCAAAAUACACCCUUUCAAUUGAUGAGUUUAAAACAUGGAUUGAUUUAAUCUCAGCAAAAACAGGCAGAAAAUUGUUGAAGCCCACAUGGAUAAUUGCCCCAAUUUUGUAGAGUGUUCCAAGGAAUUUUACCCAGGAAGUCCUAUAAAAGAUAGUACAUACUUUAAAAUUUUCAUUUAAUGAUUUAAACACCUCUGAAUUGUCCACGUUAUUGGAAAAGAAUGGAGUGGAUAAUGAAGUCAUUGAAAAAUUUCAAGCUGCAGAGAUUGAUGGAGAACUCUUUCCAACAUUGACUAGAGAAGAGUUUAGUGACAUGUUUAAGAAUCUUAGACAAAAGCGUGCUGCUAUUGCAGUUUGGUCGAAACUUUCUGGCAUGGUGUUUGAUUCUAAUGGAAAUCCCAUGCCCCAAAAGAAAAAAAGCUCUGCUUCAUCUACUUCUGCCUCAUGUACUACUUCCCAAGAAUUGCUUGAAGUCAUUAUUUCAGACUCUCCGAUUCAAAAAAUUGAUCUAUAACCGAUUCAAAAAAUUGCAAAGAAAGAGAUAUAACACGCCUGUUACCAAUGUCUCGCAAACUAAAGGCAAAACAGCAAAGAAAAGGAACAGUCACUGUUGGACGAACGUUCCCGAGCCGUGCGAAAGUGAAGAUCUUACAGCAGUUGUAUCAAAAAUAAAAAAGGAGUGGCAGUCAGCUAAAAAGGAUCAUGAAUUCAGGAGUUGAUGGCUGCAUGCUAUUCUUCAGAGAUCGCUUGUCUUGGAAGACGUCAGAAGAAUAGUGAAAGUUGUUGAAAUGUUCCCUCCUUUAACAAAUCUGCUAUACAUCAAGGCUGAAUUUGCAGAAGUUAUGGGGAAUAAAGACGUAGCUACACAGGUAAAGGAAAACUUCAAAAAAGUCUGGCGUCACAGGCUGUUGGCAUAUGCUGAGAAAAACGGUGGUAAACAUUCAGAAGACUUGAAAAAAAUGCACAAUGCUAUUGACAGUGGUAUCCUUGAAGAAGGCGAAUGUGCUGGUAGAGCAGCUAUCAAAAUCGCUCAAAUUGUCUUCAAGCAGCCAAACAGCAGGAUGACGCCUCAUGUUAAAGAAGCUGUUAUCAAAGUUGUUAAGAAUGGCGCUUUCCUUGAUGAAAAAAUAAGAACCCAAAUUCAACCUUGUAUUUUGGUAGUGGAUGACCUUUAUCAAAGUGACACUAUAUAUGUGGUGGCAGAAGGAAUAGUUUUGUGCCAUGUAACGACCAAAAAGAUUGGCGAUGCUCUGGUUGCUUUGUUGGCCACGUACUAUAUGUACAAUAUAAAAUACAUUGAAGGCAUGAAUGUCUAUAGCUUUCUUGACAUGGCAUUAUUGGGAAUUAUCCCAGAGAAGUGUCCAUCUUCUGUGAAAAGUUUAGUUGGAGUGUUAUCAAAUGUGUUCAACUAAUCAUGAAUGCAUAUGGCUAUAUAGAUUAUGUUUUAUUUCAAUUCUUUUUUGUGAAGUUUAAUUUGAGUGAGAUAAAAAUAUGUGCAUGUAAAGUAUAUUAAUGAAGGUGUUAAGCACUUAUGUGCUUACGUAUAUUAUACGAGUCUUGUUUAUUGUAAGCUUUCAGUAAUUUCAUUUCUUUCCAUGGCAAGGGGCUGCUUCUUAGCCAUUGCCGAUUUGAUGAGAUAAUGGGGCUAAAUUGGCUAUUCUGUCUAGAGCUGAAUUUCACACAAAAUAAAUUUAUGCGUUUACUUUACAAGAUAA